GCGGAGUAAAGACCUGCUAUCAUCAAACAACGCAGGGUUUGUGUAGUCUUUCUCUCAUUCAGCUCUGAGAAAGAUGGAGCUCUAUGUAUUUAUGUUCAUGCUUGCUGCACUUGUUUCUUCAGAGAACAAAGUUGUUCAUGAGGAUUUUUAUUUUACUGGAUGCUCUGAUACAGAGAAAGAAGAUCUGUUGGGAAUGGAUGGAGAGGAAGCGUGGCAUGCAGACUUCAUUAAAGGAGAAGGAGUAUCUACUCAGCCUGACUUUUCAGACCCCUUCAGCGCAGAUUAUCAGGGUUCUGUUGCUAACAUGGAAGUCUGUAAACAAAACUUAGCUGUAGCCAUCAAAGCUUAUAAAAGUCCUGAAGAGAAAAUGGACAAACCUCUGACUUCCAUCUAUGCCAAAGAUGAUGUGCAGCUGAAUGUUGAAAACGUACUCAUCUGUCACGUGACUGGAUUCUUCCCUCCUCCUGUCACAGUCUCAUGGAAAAACAAUGAGGUUAUAAAUGAAGACAGUCUAAGUCAGUAUCGGCCAAAAGAUGACGGCACUUACAACAUCUUCUCCAGUCUGUCGUUCACACCUGAAGAGGGAGACAUUUACAGCUGCUCUGUGAAGCAUGUCUCUCUCGAUCAACCUCAGACUAAAACAUGGGAAGUGGACGUAGCUGUGCCCGGUGUUGGUCCAGCUGUGUUUUGUGGAGUGGGUCUGUCUCUGGGGCUCCUGGGAGUCGCUGCUGGAACUUUCUUCCUCAUUAAAGGAAACAACUGCAACUGACAUCCAAACUUUAAAAGAAAUUGUAUAUAGUGUGUAACAGGUCCUGCGAAUAAUACCAGUUUUAUUUGGUGCAAUGAAAUUUUCAUGAAUUCAUUCUGUCACUCAUCACAUUGGUGACAGGAAACAUCUGAGUUAUAUAAUAAUAGAUUCAUAGACACAUAAAUCUCAAUGUAAUCUGUAAUGCUGCCUGAUAUUUCUAAUAAUGCACCAAUCAGGCAAUAACUUAGUUUGAAAUGUAACACCAUAUACAUUUACAUACAGAUGUCUAACAGGCUUAAAAUGGUAGAUCAUUUUUGCUAAUACAUCACAUUUUCAGAGUGAAACUGGACUUAUUUUGAAUGAUUUUAUGUGUUAGUCACUCUCUGGUUUAGCUUUUAGCGUCUUCCUAAUUUCUAGAUCAAGUCUUUUUCAACAAACAUCAUGGCAAUCUUAAAAAUUGUGGUGCUGUGUGCUUUGAAAAUAAGGUAGAAAUUGUUGAAUUGUAGAAUUUUAGAAAUUUUAGGUCAUUGUAAUCAAUUUGGGGAUAUCAGUUGUACAAGAUCUUGUACUUUUUUUUUUGACAUACACUUCAAAUAAAGAUUGUCUAUUUUGA